AUGAGCCACCCAACACAUCCCGCAACGGUGCAUUUCCCGAUUACAACCACCCUACUGACGGGUGGUCUGGAUGCGGUGUAUUUUCUCUCGAAAUAUGCACCGACCUCCAGCGCCGUGGCCUCAGCCUUCAAAACACUAGACAUCGCCAUCAACCCUUCCAUCUUCCCUGUCCUAUCCUACUACACCACGAUCCUCACGCUUCUCUUCUCCGCCCCGGCCGUCGCGACCGGCAUGUACGAAUUCAUCCCUCUCGUCAAGCGCGACGGCUUGAAGUCGAAGAAAGCACAAGUUGGCGCGCUACACGCUGUCAUCAAUGAUGUCACGGUUAUUGGUGCGGCGUUCAAUUGGUGGACGCGCAGGAGCAACCCGGGCAUGGUGCCGAGUGAUACCAACAUCUUGAUCAGCAGUGUCAUUGCGCUGCCAGCGACUAUGUUCGCGGCGUACUUGGGUGGCAGUCUGGUGUAUGUUUAUGGUAUGGGCUUCAGAGGAGGACAAGCAAAGGCGAAGAAGGCGCAAUAG